GGGGUCGGACGAAGGGGGACCGCGCAUGCGUAGUAAUCUACCCGCACCCAGCUUAGGGUCGGGACCUCCGCAAGUGCGAUGUCUAAAAACACGUUAUUCUUUCCCCUAAUUCUACUAACCUAGUACGUCUUAAUAAACGGGAUAAAUAAUACACGCCCUAAUUUCGUGAAGAACGUCUAAUCGCCCUCCGAUUUUCUUUGCUUUCGCGUUAAUUGUUGGCCUUCGUCUGAUUCAACAUUGCGAACAAUGACAGGCAACGGCUGAUCAGAAAGUGAUUCAUUUGUGCUAUAUUUAUUAUGUUGAUCGUUCGAUCAGACAUCUUAAUGAGUAGACAAUGAGUGAGAGCAUCCGUUUUAGCACUAAAACUGUUGCGAUGUGGGUGACCAAGUGACAUUAUGUUUUAGUAACAUCAUCAAAUGACAACAGUAAUGGGAUGACAUUAAAUACAGAUGGAAAAGGUUUGGCGUCGAGUCGGUCUCCAUUCCUCCCGUAAGAAGAGGGAUGGAAGUGGUACUAGCCAGGAAGUGGCGUCAUCGGUUCCACAGGAAGCAGAAUAUCAAAACAUUCACACAUUAAGAACAGCUGAUCUGAUUAGACAACGACAGGGCGAGGAGAAGUCGACUUUACGUUCUUCGUACAUAAUAAGAAACGGAGAUAAUUUUAUUUUGGUUGAGAGAAGACGAAGGAGACGUCGCAGAAGCGGCACGAGAGCAUCAUCCGGCGGAAGACACCACACUCCCCCCGUUGAGGAGAGUACUCGCACUGAGCAGAAACGCCGUCGGCCACCAACUAAGCUUAAGAUCUUCGGAAUACAGUGGCCGCUGCAUUCCAGUGAUACAAGGCACACUUCAAUUACUCGCCGCUUCUGCCGAGGGAGGAGAUCGCGAGAGGACAACGAACUUUACCGCUCAAACAGCUUCAAGUUUGAGAGGUUCACCAGAGACUCGGCAGCCGAUGAGUUCGCGACUGGAUCACAGGCGGCUCUGUGCGCUGACUACAGCGUUCCCGUGGACUGUGUCAGUGCAGGUCCACUCCAAGCACCACGUCCCAGUUCCUUCCACGAGAUAUCUGCGCCAAAAGUCGAAUUCAUAGAAGCGUAUUGCACACCACGCGACACAGCCCGGCGGUCGCCACAACGCAGCCGCCGCUCCCGAGAAACGCGUCGUUCGCCCGAAGCGGCCAGAUGGCGCUACGAGUCGCGCAGAUCCAACUACGACUUUGACAGUCGGCGUCCUUACGAAUACGAAAGUCGGAGAUAUUACGGACGCGAGUUCGACGGUGAUUCAGGGAGACGAGCCGAGUUCGACGCGGAGUCCGCUCGGCGCCGCGCGGACUACGAGUCGGCCAGACGUACGGACUUCGACUUAUCCGCUCCUGGCGUGUCCAGACGGAGCCCAGAAAGCGCCCCAGAGGGCUCCGUAGAAUCGCCUCCAGAACCAGCCCCAUCUGCCCCGUUGAGGCACGAGAAGCAAUCGAGACAUAGGUCACAACAAUAUUACGAAUCAGAAUCAUCAUCAGACGAUCGCUCGUCGACAUCUGAAGACGAAGAAGACGACGAUUUCGGAGAAUUCGAUCCUUUUGCGACAGCACCGUCGCUACAUUCACCUGACAGUGGUCGGUCGGAUCCACGAUACGCCAACGCGCCGCGUAGAAAUCCAAGUCCGUAUUAUUACGGUGAUCUUUUUAAAACAGCCCCUCCGCCACCGGCACCGUCUGCGCCAACUGUUUCGUCUACUUCAUCUUCACGAGGACCUCGUUACCGAAAAUCGGCUAGCCUAGACGCUCCGCACGUUGCUCCGCGGCCAAAUCUUCCUAAACGAUUCUCAGUCGCUGAAGAUGGAUUUCGUGAGCUAGACCGAUCCUCUUCUUCGUCAGGUGAGAGCGCGUGGAUGCCGCCAAGGCGUCGCGGGCGCGACGCGGCCGGCUGCGCGUGCGCCGCGCCCGAAGAUGUAGAGGAGCAUCACGCUUCACGUAGCGUCUUUUACGUGCCGGCACCUCUGCCUCGCUGGCCGCAAGAAAUGACCACCAGACAGAUAUACGAAACAGCUUUUGAUUGCAAGAUUGCGCGUUCUGAUGAUGAUUUGGAUGACUUCGACCGAGUCAGUAAUCAUCCUGCACUUUUGCAAGCUGAAGAACGAAAAAUCAUUUCUUCAGCAUCUUCAGCGUUUGAGGCAGUUGAACGCAGUGAACCCGAUUUCAAGGGUCGCCGUAAGGUGACGAUGAAAACAGAUAGCGUACGUCGUUCUAAAAUCCCGACGAUACGUCAAAAAAGGGAAAAUGAAAACAAUGCAUGUGCCUUGUCAGAAGAACUGGAAAAAGUGCACAUUGAAGGCGAAGAACGCGUCGCUUCAAACUCUCAAUUGCCUCUGCGAGGUUACACACCAUCACCACCAUCCACGGCCCCCUUGCCAACAAAAUUUCAACAAAAAGAUGGCUCUGCAAUGAAUAGUAUAAAAAGUGCACCCAACUUACCGCAGGCACAGCCAGCACAUCCUCGCCUUAAAGAUUUGAGAUUGCCUGUUAAGUCACUGCGCGCUCGGGAUACCCCGACAAGCAGUGACGCUAGUAUGGAUGUGAAAGGUUCAGUUUCAACUGAACUUGAUAUUGGACGUCUAAGGGAUUCUAGUCGCGAGUCACGCGAUGGCGAUGAUGAAAGAGCACAAUCUAAAGACGGUAUUUUUUUAGAGAUUAAGGGCCGACCCACUUCCGAUUCUGACACACCUGAAAUGAAUCGGUACACGGGGCCAAAGGGGGUCGGUCCUAUAAUGGAAUUUAAGGGCAGGCCGGGCGUGAUUCGCCCACGACGUAAAUAUUCUAGUACCGAAAGCAUGGCCACUAGUAGCAGUGGCGGAAGCAUGGAAUCAUUGCGCAGUAGCAAUAGCGAAGGCGAUAGAAGCAGUAGCAGUUCUGAAAGUCGUCAUUCGUCUUCUUUAAGCUCUCACAGCUCAGAUUCAGGCAAUGUUCCGUUUUCGAAAUCACAUCACAUGCAAUUAGGGUUUGGGCAUCACCAUCCGGCUAAAUUGAACAUCUUGAGUCCCAUUUCUGACAAGUCUUCACAGGAACCAGCAUCUGAAACUUCCGAUAACAAUAAGAAUAACAACUCCCAAAAGGUGUCACCCGAAGAAGGGGAUACGGGCAAUGCCACAAUCCAAACAGCUGUUGAAAUUAUUGCCAAACCAAAACGUAGAGCGUUACAAAAUCGCAAUCUACUGAAUCUCACAUUCAGACAUUCGGCUACUGGUGAUGCUGAAAUUCAAGGCUCUGACAGUGGUAUUUCGAUACAUUCAAGAGAAGGUGUUGACUCCAGAAAUGCGUUCAUCAAUUUUAAGAAUAGCAACACUGGAGAAGAACGCAAGAAUGAUGAUGUCGAUCUAUCUGAUUUGCCGUUCGACAUGCCGAAAUUGAGGAGGAGACGAGCAGAAGCCGAAGCCGACUUAAGAACCUUGCCAUUUGACAUGCCAAAAUUGCGUCGCAAAUUACGGGGUCAAUCUUUGCAACUCAAUGAUGAGUUUGGAGGAGGCAUUUCUAAUGCUUCAUCUAGUCAAAGCGUCGAAGAUUUAAACCAAGGUAAUAAGCUCAAAUCGAGUUUGAAAUUGAACUUUGAUAGCGGCAGUGGCUCUAGUGGAUCCAAAGGAUUGCAUUUGAAUUUGGGGCCUAUAGCACCGCCUCGAGAUCUGGUUGAUGCUACUCUUCCACUUGACCGUCAAGGGUGGUAUCAUGGGACGUUAGCGCGCGUUGAAGCCGAGAGUCUGCUGAGGGAUGCCGACGAAGGCGCGUUUUUGGUCAGAAACAGUGAAUCAGCGAAACACGAUUAUUCACUUAGCUUAAAGUCAACGCGCGGUUUCAUGCAUAUGCGUAUCUGCCGAGGUGCCGAAGGCUACACAUUGGGCGGUGCUUCUACCGCUUUUCCUUCGGUGCCGGCUCUGAUGAGGCAUUACGUCACGGCCCAAAGACUCCCCGUGAGAGGAGCAGAACACAUGGCACUGUCUACACCCCUGCCCGCUGUCCUGCUUUGAAUAUACCCAAUAAAUUAUAUUGGGAUGGAUUCGGAGCGCCCCGAACGAUGGCCAGAGGGCCUAGAACGUUCGACGCCAAGGUGUAAAUAGUCGAUCAAAGACGAUGACAGCACAAUUGUGAGGGAGCUAUUUAUUUAACUUUAGAAUUAGAUUCCAGUAAAAGAAUACCAAAGAAUUACCUUAGGAUAUGUCUCGGCAUAGUCGCCAAUAAAACAUCAUAACUUCAUCGUAAUCGCUCAUCGUAGAACUUAUUUAAGCUAGUCGAUAUCACAGCUAAUUAUGUAACGUGACCUUUUUUUAUUCGCACGUAAUCCUCCUGUAUUUACAUAUAUGUAAUUUUGUAUCUCGCUUCAUGUUAUAACUGAUUGUUUAGCUUAGAAAAAAAAUAUAUAUCGAUAAAACUUGAUUAGUCAGUGGUAUCGAAUUAUCGUGCGUAUCUAUCUCUCUUAGUUCAUUUAGAUCGAUUGACGUAAAAGAUAUAAUCAAUAGUGAUUAACCUUAUGUUCGGCACCUGUACUUAUUAAAACCGGUGAGUCAUUAAAGUUACAAAAUAAUAUUAUUGCUUUCCGUGAUAAUUGCACGGAUACAUUUCGGAACGGACCAAUCAAUGGAUUACGAAAAAUUCAAAAAAAUCAUUAUCUAAAUUUUAAAGGCAGCUAGUCCGUUAUCAUACUUAAUUAAAAUUAUCAACAAACAAUAAUUUGUGUUUGUAAUAGAGCCGUUAUCAGAAUUUAUGGAAACAUACCGAAAUAGUUCCUUUAAAUAAUGAAUUGUAUUUCGACGAUGACAAUGUAGAUUUGAUUAAACUGGUUCGCACAGAGAAUUUCAAACAGCAACCAUUACUUGUAGUAUAUUUGUUUUUCCGCGAUUAAUAUCAUGAAUGAUUUGAAAAUUAUCUAAAAAAAUAUAUAUAUCGAAUUGCUAAUAACAUUAAAAUGUAUUCUCACACUUUGACACGUCAACAUAAUUCUUUUAAUUGCGCAAAUCACCUUACGUUUUACACGUGGAAUUAUAUAUACGUAUUAUUAUAUGUAGUAUCAUCAUCCAUGUUGCGCAAAUUGCCGCUAACCGUUUAAUUGGUCCAAGUUUGUCUGCUUAACAUCUAAAAGAGAUACAUGAUGAAAUUGACUACCCGAAAACUAGGAUCGUCUUAAAAAAAAUUCUAGAAAAAUACACUUAAGAUAACUCUUAAGAUAACAAUAACAAACUUAAUAUGUGUGUUUUGGAUGCUGCUAUUUUAAAAUUAGAGAGAACCUAUAAUCUAACUACGAUUAAGAUAAUUUACAAAUAGACAUUGCAAAUUGUCAUAGAUUACAUAUAAAUAACAAUAUAAAGGAUUUAAAAUAGUAACUUUAAAAGUUAGAAAUUAGGUUACACAAAUCGACACCGCUGUCUCAAAUGUGACGAAGCAAUUUCCGUCAGAAAAUUGAUAACGCAGAGAAUAUUCUCAUUGUGUUUUAAUUAAGACGCCUACAAGAUUUAUUACGUUCGUAAAUGACUUAGGUCAGUAAUAUAUUAUUAAGCUUCAUUACAAUUUUAUCUGUAGCCCGAGCGAUGGUUCAUUGCUAAGUUUUUACACUAUCUUUUGUAUAACCAUGUGAUUAUAUGAUAUCUGAAAUUAAUCUUUAUAAUAAUAAAUUCAAGUAUUUCUUACCUUAUACUCGUAGCGAUUGAAGAGGUAGAAUUCAUACCAGAAAAAUGAAUAUUAAAUAGAUAAGAAAUGUAUGUUUCCUUCGUUACUAAACAUGUGCGGCUAAUGCCAGCAAUUACAGUAAUAAAAAUAGCGGGAGAGAUUUCGUAUGGUGUUCAUAUCUAUUUUGCGACCACGAUCAAUAUAUACGCGAGUCGGUAAUACGAAUGUGAGCAAAGUAAUGCUAUCCACGUAAACGUGUUUGUGUAAACUUAUUCGACCGACACAUUUUAUGGGAUCUUAAUAUAGUUUAUCGGCUUCACUGUAAUCGUUUCGCGAAGCAUAAGUGAGUCGUCUAUUAUCAAAGGUGGCAAUCUGUGCAUUUGGACAAAAAAAUGUUAUUGAUAUGUCAAUACAGAUUGAUUUGAAUAUAAUCGUCUCCUUCAAAGAAUACGGUUCAAAACCUGCAUUAAAUAAAGGUUAAUACUGAACCUGUUAUUUAUCUAAGAUGUCGUUCAGAAGAGUUUUGUGACUGCCAAUGGAAUACAAAGUCAAUAAUUCGUUUUUCUGAUUUACCAAUAAUUGUCCAAAAGUCACAUUGCCGGUUUUGAUAACAGUCGACUCAAGUAUUCACUCAGCAUGAGAGGUUUCUGAACCGGUAGCACGUAAAAUAAUAAAUAUAGCACGUGUUAUGUCAGUUCACAACGAUUUAUUUAUGUUUUGUUAAUUUUAGAUAUAAGUAGGAUUAGUAUUCAUGGGGCCCUCGGUAGGUUUUUCGAUUAUCAUUAAUAUCAACAUAAAACACUAGAAAUGCUAUAAUAAUAUUACAAAACAAAAUAGUGCGGUGCAUUAAAUUAAUGAUUACUAAUAUUAAUCUGAAAAAUAGCAUGCUUAUUAACGAAUGCUAUUUUAUAAAAGGAGAAUGUUGUUUGGUAUCCGUUUUAGUUUUAAAGCACAUAAUCCUGUGAACAAAUUGACAAGUAAGUCAUGGUACACUCUUAAACGUAAUAUUGCUGAUGCACUGUAAGGGUUUUAUGUUGAUUUCAUUAUUUAACUCAUAAUAAUUUAGAUACAACGAUCUAGUUAUAGUAUUUACUUUAUGCAGCAGCUAUGUAGGUUUCGAUACAUAGUGCUUAUAUAAAGAUUUGGUUUGUGUAUUUAUUUAAAACGAUAAUCUUUUGACAAUGUAACGAUGUGUACUUAAUUAAGUUAAUUUUUGGGAUAUUAAAUAGACGAAGACGUUAUUAUUUUUUGUUCAUUUAACUGUUACAUUUAUAAAGCUACAUCACUAUGUAUAGGAAACCUUUAGAAUUAUUUCUGUGAUUUUGUGUUUGUUACAAUGAAAGCCAAAAAAAUGUGUAUCUUUUAAACAUUUAUUAAUCGUAUUUAUUGUGUAUUGAAUUAGCGAUUGAAGUAACUUAUAAUAUCAAAUGUGUAUUUUUUUUUCUCUUAUGUAAUAAUAUAAGCGAUCUCAAAUGUAACUUCCUCUUAAUCAGUUACCUUAGAUAUAAUUUUAAUUUUAUGUACCUGAAAUUUUUUGAAAACGUGUUUAUUGAAACUUUUAAAUUGCGUUAAAACAUAUUAUGUUAAUUUAAGCUUAGAAGUUAAAAGUUUUCAUGUAUAGCGUUUAGAUUUUAAUAGUAACGAGCUAUAUCUCGUAUGAAUGUGUGUGUUAUCAGUAUGCAACCACCGCAGAGCAGCUUUUGCAGACUAAUUUUUAAUAUAAUUGAGUCGUCUAUUAUCAAAGGCGGCAAUCUGUACAUUUGGACAAAAAUUUUUUAUUGAUAUGUCAAUACAGAUUUAUUUGAAUAUAAUCGUCUCCUUCAAAGAAUACGGUUCAAAACCUGCAUUAAAUAAAGGUUAAUAGUUAACCUGUUAUUUAUCUAAGAUGUCGUUCCGAAGAGUUUUGUGACUGCCAAUGGAAUACAAAGUCAAUAAUUCGUUUUUCUGAUUUACCAAUCAUUGUCCAAAAGUCAGAUUGCCGCCUUUGAUAAUAGUCGACUCAAUUACCGUUUUAGUGAUUGCGUUUUACUUGAGUGAGACAAGUUUCGGGUCCACGAUCACGCCAAUACGCGAUUUUUGAACGCUAUUCGCGUAAACGUUAUAAGCUUUUAUUUGUUCUCACUCAUGUAACAUUAGUAGAGUAACAAUUUAUGUAGUGAUGCGUAAUGAAACGUAGAAUAAUGAUUAUUGGAUACGUUAUUAAUUGGAUGUUACGGAAAUCUGUGUCAAAAUUUUUCAAAAGUGUAGUAGGUCCGGAUCAGAAAUUAGGUAAAAAUUUUAUAGCUUUUAGUAGUUAUAAACCAAUGUAAUUUGAAGGUGUAGUUUUGAAAUUGAUGAAUAAAUAAAUUCAAUAAAAAUAAA